CGUCAUUUCUUUGGUUUCUUCAGGUCAGAUCUUGCCUACAAACCGAAACACGCCAAGUCCCAUUGAUCCCGACAGCAUUCAGGUUCCAAUUGGGUAUGAACCAGACCCUGCCGAUCUUGCUCUUUCUAGCAUUCCUGGUCAGGAAAUGUUUGACCCUCGCAAGCGCAAGUUCUCUGAGGAGGAGCUCAAGCCCCAGCCGAUGAUUAAGAAAGCUCGCAAAGUCUUCAUUCCCGAAGAUCUGAAGGAUGACAAAUACUGGGCAAGACGUAGAAAGAACAACAUGGCUGCCAAGCGUUCCAGAGAUGCCCGGAGGCUGAAGGAAAACCAGAUUGCUAUCCGUGCCUCGUUCCUUGAGAAGGAGAAUACAGCCCUGCGCCAGGAGGUGGCUGAACUACGGAAGGAAUUGAGCAAAUGCAAGAACAUCCUUGUCAAGUAUGAAGCCCGGCAUGGUCCUCUCUAAAUGGCCUCCGACCCACCCACCCCCACUCCCAUCCGCCAGCACCCCUGUUUCUUUUCUUCCCAUCUACUUUUUUAUUUUAUUUUGUGGUUUGGCGUUUAAAUAGAUGGGACAGCAUGUUUCAUGUUUGAUAGCACUCACCCAAACCAACUUUUCAGUCAUGGGCACUUUAACAGAAAGCAGAAUCAGAACCAGUGUACAACCCGUGUGCUUGUGCACAUCAGUGCAGGCAUACUUGUGAAUGAGUGUGCAUGUCUUUCUUGGCUCUUCUUGUAUUUUUAUGAAGCCCCUUUUGCAGGGUUGGGUUGGCUGAGACUGGCCAUAGUAAAGCAUUUAUGGAAUACAUACAUGUAGACAUGUAUGUAUAUAUUUUCCAGCGCUGCUUAAACUGUAUUUUUGUCUUAUCCUAUCCUAUUCUUUUGAUUUAACUGGGGGGAAAAAAGAAAGAAAACGAAAGAAAACCACCCUGGUAAUGAGAAAGAACAAGAGAAAGAAGAUAAAAGUUAGAGCUGUUUUUGGCUUGUUGUUUCAAUAAGGCACAUCAGGCAGGGUAAGCUUACUGAUAAUAAUGCACAAUUGAUAUUCAUGCUAUUCUGCAGAGAUACUAAUUUAUAGAUUCGCUUUUUUAUUUUGUUUUGAUUUUCAUUUAUUGUAUGUUUUUACAUUCUGGUAAAUAAAAUAGACCUUCCGAUUCAUAAUGUAUUCUAUAUUCUCCUUGUAGAAAAAUAAGGAACAGCUAACUUUCCUUUCAUUGCUUUAAAAUCAAAAGUAUUAUAAAUGGGUCAGAGGGAGAAUAUUUUUGCAUCCCCUGGGCAUAAUCAGUAAUUCUCUUGUAGAGGUUAAAAUAUUCCUCAUGGGCAUUGGAUGACUUUUGUACCCUAAUACUGUAACUUUUUCAUGCUCUUCCCCCCCCCCAAAAAAAAACAUUGAAGAUUUCUUGAUAGUUUGUCUAAAAAUGAUCCCUAAUCAGACAAGCAAAAAAAAAUAAAUCCAUCAGAUGUCUGCAUAGUAUCAAUGCAUGCUGUGCAGAUGAGGCCAAAGCAUAUUCCUGCCUUGGGUGAAUUAAUUUUUUGCUUCUACCAAUCCUCCUCCCCCCCCCCACACACACCUUUUUUUUGUGAUGUGCAGGGCACAACACUAAAUUCUAACCAGUGUGCAGAACAUUUCAAGGUUGACAGACUCCAACUCUGAAACACUUGUUUCAGUCUUAUCAAGAAGUGACCAGGAUACCUUUGUCUUUCAUCUUUCUUUGUGACACUUUGUGACCAGCAAGUGGAAAUCUAGAAAUUGCCAGUUAAAUUUUCAGGGAAUUCGGGGUGUCAAUUCAGCCAGUGACCUGCUCUGCUCCUUCUGCAGAUCUUUCUCCAAUCUGCUUAGUGCACAGUGCUUUUUUCAAAAGCUGGGUUGGGCCAAUAGCUCGUGAAUUGGGCUGUUGGGAGAGUUUAUCUGGUUUUGGCUGGAUGGUCAAAAGGCUCUUGUGAACAUCUGCUGUUCUUGCCCUUGACCAAUCUGUGAUUGGCGUAAUCCGAGGGGUUUGGAUCAAUCCACCAUUGGGGACAAAGGUCAAGUGAUGCUUGCCUUUGGCCCACCACCCACUCGUCAAAGAGACCAGUGCUUUUCUUGGUGUGCAGGAGUGAUGCUGAUGACCAUGCUAGGUCAGGAUGAAACUUUAUACAAAAAUGCAAGAUAAUUCAGUGACCAGAGAACUGGAAACCAAAAUAAAAAAAGGCCUACAUUACACUAUCUUUGGAGUUUGAGCAGACUGCAUUUUUAUUUCCCACUGAUGUUCAGUUUCUGAAAUUCUUGUACCAAAGGAGCUUUUUCCAAAUUCAAUUGGACUUUCUUUGUUUUUCCUUGACAAUGUUUCGCUUCUCAUCCAAGUUGCUUCUUCAGUUGUUCAGAACCGAACAGGACUGAAGAAACUUCUUGGCUGAGAAGAGAAACGUCUUCAAAGAAAAACGGUUGCCUCUGAAAAAAGCACCUUUGGGGCAAGCAUGACCUGGACGAUCAGGAAUCUCCAUAGACCUUCUGAAAUUCUUCUUUCUUGGGAAAGGCUUUGAAUUCAGCUUUUUAAUCGACUGUGUGCAAUAUAAUUUCUGUAGAUUUCCCACCUGCUGGGUUUUUCUUGUUUUUUCCCCCCUCAAAUGGCUUUGAUUCAGUUAGAAGCAACUUUUGCAGUUUUUUUGCCUUGACAUGCUGCUGUGAUUGUAUGAGCUGAUUGUUUUCAGAGAUUCUCCUGUUGUUAUUUUUUUUAGUUAUUUUUUAAACUUAUGCUACAUUAUAUAAAGUAUUUUUGGAGGGUGGGGAGGAAAUGAAUGUAAGAGAUGCAGAUAUAUAUUGAAAAGUGAUGAUGUUGUCAUGCUGUGGUUAAUUCUGUUCUUUUCAAUGUUUCCUGAAGACCAAAAGAAAUUGAUUAUUAUAAAAUGUAUAAAAUUUAUACGGAAUCUUUAGACUGCUUUUUUUUUCCUGUACAGUAUUUUUCAAGGACAAAUGUUGAUUGUGUAUUUUGGGGAAAAGAAUAAGAUAUAUAUCAUAUGUUUAAGCAAAGAGAGGGUUUAAAAAUAAAGUAGAUGAUUUCACUUUAAAGACGACAAUAUAUCUGUUUAUAUAUUCAUGAAUAUUGAAUACAGAAGAAAUGCUUCUAGGGCUUUUUAUUUUUAAAUGAUGAUAUUGUAUGCUCGCCACUGGCACAUUGAGGUAGUUUUGUGUUUUCAGUUAGAGAAUGAUCCAUGUUGCUGGGCUCAGUUGCUUGCUUCUGGAAGGAUCCCAUUGGGUGCAAUAGAAAGCUCUACCUCCCUCUUUUUCUUAUAGCCUCCCCCACUUUAGCAACUGCCCAGUUAUGAGAAGAAGAGGCUCUGUACAGUUCCUGCCAGCCUCAUGUAAAUCCUGCAUGCGAAAAUGGCUGGGAUCUUAUGGAGACGGGUGGGACACUAAAUGUUUUCUGCAUGUAGUAUUGUCUGCUGUAGUCUUUCAAAUUUCUCUUGAGCAAACACAGCUCAACUGUCCUUUUUAAAAAAUGCAGUUAUUUGGUUGGACAAAGGACAAAGCUGGUGACAUUUGUCACAGAGCUUCAGAAGCGCAAAUACACUGGGGAUUAGGCAGCGUGAAUAACGCUCAUAGAGCUUACAUUAUCAAUCCUCUUUGAGAUUUCUAUCUCAGAAUGAGGAUUUGUAUCUAUGGUGAAAGUUUGAAAGAAAGCAAGAAAGUUCCUAAAGAUGGUUCUUGCAGAUUGAAGCAAGUUUCUCUGAAAAGACAUCAACUGAAGAGGCUGGAAUGUCUCCCAGACCCUUCCCGAUAGACAGCUUAACAGAAUUAAAACAGGAGGCCUGUUUUUCAACUUAGUACAGUGGAGAGCAGGCAAGCACUCUGCUUCAGGUACCUCCAAAAUACUGGACUUCUAGUUACAUUGGACUGUAGCAUCCAAAAUUCUCAUCCAGUCACAGCUCUCUCUGGUGAUCAGUAGUGUAGCUCUGUGUACUUCUGCAGGUUUAGAAAGGGUGUUUGAUUUGGGGGGACAAUUUAGGAGCAGUAAGAAUCAUUUCACAUGUUUAGAGAUGAGGCCAGGUUAGUUGCUCAAUAUCCCUUCCCUAAGCUGGUAUCCUGUUAGACACAUUUGUCUAAACUGAAUUCCACUUAUGCCAAUUUUGGUGCCCCGUUUUCUGUAAGGCAGUUGUUUCUGCUUGUGGAACCAUAUAGCUUCUUGUUGUCUACCCUUACCCGUGUUGGAUAAUGCUGACCAACAAAUUCAACAACAUCUGGAGAGCAUAGAUUCCCUGCUCUUGUCUUCAUGCUUACUGCUUUCCUUCUGGCAUCUUCUAGAGGUCCAUUGUUUCAAUUUUCUUGCCCAGUCUCUUUCUGUCCCUUGUUGAGUACAAGAAUGAGCAAAACCAAGUGACUUACUUGAGCCAUACUGGGCUUUUAUUAUACUUGAAGAGGUGCUUUUUUUGAAUUGGUGAAUUACAGGAAAGGUAGGGGUUUUCUUUAGUGCAAUAAAAACACUGCACGUCAUAAAAUUAUGGUGCCACAUGUCUUUCUAGAUCACUUUUUCCACCAAAACAAGUGCAUUUCUGUUACAUAAGAUCACAUUAUACUAAAAGUGAUUUAAACAAAAGUUUUGGACAAUUACAAAGAAAUGGUGCCAUUCUUGUGGAAAGAUUAAAAAUGUAUCCCAGUAUCCUAAAUGCUUUAAUAGAUUUUUUUUUUUUGGACCAUUAUUUCAGCUGAGUAAUUAUCUUUAGGGGAUGAACUAUAUUGGUCAGUAAAUGUUUCUUUCUAAAUGUUUAUGUGUGUGUAAAAGUAAAUGUUAAGCUGAUAAUAAUUUUCACUGAAUGUAAAACAAGCCUAAAGGACAUAAUACUGGGAGAAGAUAGGAUUCCUCUAAGAAGUUGUGAACAGAGGCUGUAUUCAUUUCCUCCAAAUCCCAAAUAUUUUAAUGGUCUGACUCAUAAUUUUGUCUUGUCUGGAGAUGCCAGUAUGGAAAGUCAAAUUAACAAAGAUGCUUUGCAGGUUAGGAAGUUUUAUCUCAACGAUGGAUAUGGAGACAACAAAGAAAUAUAAUUUCGCUAAUCUGGAAAUUCUUUUGAAAUGUAAAAAUCUGAACACAGAGCUGUAAAUAUUAAAACACCAGUUAACUUCAUCAUUGUAGGAUCACUUAAUUUCUAGACAGGACAGCUAUAUCAAGUCAUAGAAACCACUGUCAAAUUAUACAGUGGCUCUGUGAAUAAUCCAUAGUUACAUACAACACAACAUCUUGGACACACAACAAAGCAAUCAGAUGUCCAAACUUGAUCUGCCCUCAAAACACACUUUUGUUUACUUCCAAUUUUGAACUUCAACUUGGCCUGCUAGUUUAUUUGAUUUUACCCUAUGAAUAGGUAAGUGAUAAGUUUCUCUCAAAACAACAAACUGAGAGAAACUAGUUAAGGAAAAAACAUAAAUGAGGACAGGAGUAAGUCAGAUGUGACUCUUACAUAGGCCAAAUGAGGAUGGAUUCUCCAGAGAUAGGCAGAAUCUAGAGCAGGGGUAGGCAAUCUUGGCUCUUUUAUGACUCGUGGACUUCAACUCCCAGAAUUCCUGAGUCAGCCAUGCUGACUCAGGAAUUCUGAGAGUUGAAGUCCACGAGUCAUAAAAGAGCCAAGGUUGCCUACCCCUGAUCUAGAGCAAGGCCAACAGUGAUAGACUAUUGAUCAGAACUGAAGCCUGAGAGCUGCCCGCACAUUGCUAAAUGCAUAGCUAGAUCUGGAUUGGCUUGUGGAUCAAGCUGACAUUGGAAUAAGAGAUGUCUUCUUCCAAAUCCUGUCUACCAACAUCUCCCAACUGUGAUGGGAAUAUAUUGCCCAUACUUUGAACCAGCCCAAAGCCAUGCCAGCUAGCAAGUCCGUAGCCCUAAUAUAUCUGGAAGACACCUGCUUAAGGACUGAUAGUUAUCUGCACCAGGAAGCUAUUGGUUGGUGUAUCUUCUAGCAAAGAGUUUGCAAGAAACAUUCCUGAUCUCUCAGGAGAUGAUUAUCAGAACUAGCCAUUUCAUCGGUUUUAAAACUGUUUCAGAUAACUGUUUCCCUCCAGGUGUCUUGCAGAUGUUGCAUACCCAUCAGCCUCAGCUAGUACGGCAAAGAGUUGGAUAAAACAGGCAGGCCACAGCUUUUCCACCCUCUGGUAUUGUUAGGAGAGUACGUCAUCUGUACACGUGGUCUGUUGUUUCAGUGCUCCAUUGAUUUAAGACUGCACAUUAUUUGCUGGAGUGAGAUGUAAAUUAGGUUACAAUUGUAUAUGCUCUAGUAUUUCUGCACACAGUGGGCUUACUUCUGAGUAAGAUUAUGAUAAGUUAUUAAUGAAUGAAACUUAGCCUUAUCUUUUGAGUUAACUGGUCCCCUGGCCUUUGUUGUUGCUUCAGAAAUUGUGUGUGUGGUAUGUGUGCAUGUAUGCACACUUGCAUUAGCAUGUGUGUUGUUUGAGAAAUGCAAGAAUGAGCUUUUGGUAUUUUUGAUUUAUUUGGGAAAACGUUCCACCUUUUUUUCCCUCUCAAGUGAUCAACUGUUGUAUUUCUGGCAACCUCGUAGGAAAGCUCUGUUCACAAGAGUUUAACAAACAAGAUCAAAUUAAAUGUAUGUCAUGACAUGAAUUGUGUUCUAUAUGUUUUUCAGCCCAAAUCUUUCUGUUAUUCUUUAACGUUUAAUAAAAACAUUUAAAUUUUUUCUUUA